UCAGCGGGGGAUCGCGACAUGGACACCCGAGAUGAUGAGUAUGACUAUUUAUUCAAAGUGGUGCUGAUUGGAGACUCAGGUGUGGGCAAGAGUAAUCUGCUGUCUCGCUUCACUCGCAAUGAGUUCAACCUGGAGAGUAAAAGCACCAUUGGGGUGGAAUUUGCUACUCGGAGCAUCCAAGUAGACGGCAAAACUAUAAAGGCCCAGAUCUGGGACACGGCUGGCCAGGAGAGAUACAGAGCCAUCACUUCUGCUUAUUACAGGGGUGCAGUAGGGGCCCUUCUGGUUUACGAUAUCGCCAAACAUCUGACAUAUGAAAAUGUAGAGCGCUGGCUAAAGGAGUUGAGGGAUCAUGCGGACAAUAACAUCGUCAUAAUGCUGGUUGGGAACAAGAGUGAUUUACGCCACCUCCGAGCUGUGCCAACAGAUGAGGCCCGGGCUUUCUCAGAAAAAAACAACUUGUCAUUUAUAGAAACAUCUGCUUUGGACUCUACUAAUGUAGAAGAAUCAUUUAAGAACAUCUUGACAGAAAUCUAUCACAUAGUAUCACAGAAGCAGAUUGCGGACAGGUUGGCUAAUGAGGAGUCACCCAGGAACAAUGUUGUGGAUAUCAGUGUCCCUCUCACUACAGAUGGACUGAGACCAAGCAAAGUGCAAUGUUGCCAGAACCUCUAACUGUCUAAUAUAUGGUUCUCGUUGGGGGAGUUAUAAACUUGGAUAUUGGUGCUACAUUCAUUCGUUGACUGCACAAAGAAACAGACUUUUCCUGUAAGAUGGAAGCAGACCAGUAGUAGUUCUUUUUAAAACUUAUUAUUAGUUUUAUGGAGUUUUAUCCUUCAGGGGUUGAAACCACAUAAUAAAUAACAUAAACAAAAUUAAUUAAAACUUAGAUGACUUUUUGCAGUUUUGUAAAGAAAAUGGCAACAUUUUGGAUUUUGGAUGUUGUUUCUGCCAUCCCUACAGUGGACUCCCACCUCAAGAACACCCUACCUUAACUUAAAUGAUUCCUUAACUAUAUUCCCCCUCCCAUGGACCCUCUGCUUAGUGCUUACCCCUAUAUGUAUAUAAAAAAAACUCUACAAUAUACUUUCAUUAUAUAUUUUGUCCCCUUUACCUGUAAUUCCAUUCUGAAAUUGUAAACAUUUCAGUUCCUGUUAGAAAGUGCAGAACACUGUUAUAUUCCACACAGCCAUUGGCUGCACAGUCUACUGACCUAUUUAUAACUGUCCCUAAUUGGCCACAAAAGAGAAGGUAACCUAAGUUACAACAUGGCAGCUCCAAUUGUUUUAUAGACACUAAAACGUUUCACUUAUUUUGUCAACAUUUAAGCAGCUAAUGAAACUUUAAAAAAGUACAUCUACAUGUUAUUCUCAUACUAAUCUUUUCUUGGAAUGCAUCAUUCUAUUUAGCAUUUAUUUGGUGUUUAAUGUCCGUUUAACUAAUAAAAAAUUAUAAUAUUGAGGUAA